AUGAUUUGUAUGGAUUUCUUGCCCUCUGCUUGGAUCCUGCUCGUAGGUCUGCCAUCGUGUCGUCCACUCGACCAGCUGCUCCCAGCUCCUGCACUGAUGCUCCGUGCCAAAGCCCGUGACGCCUCCCAGUGCCUUGUCCUUCGUCUCGACCGUCAAGUCCGGGUUGCACAUGAGACUCUGCCGCAGGAGGUCGAUGCAGUGUCGGAUAUGCACCGGCGAGGACAUCAUGGGGAGAUCAUGCUCGUCGAGCUUCGUGCCUUGCAUGACGGCAUCGUGCAGGACCCAGAAGCCCUCCCGAAUCCCGUUCUAAUUUUUCCAGCUGUCAAUAGAAAUUCUGCCGCUGUUCGUCCAAGGACAUACAUACCAGACAGUGCAGCUGGUGGAAGACAGCAAAGGCCGAUCUCUCCGGGGCGAUGGUUGGAUGCUUGA